ACUUUCAAUUUUCCAGGAAUUUCGCGAUGCACGGCGCUCCGAUCUGCGCGAGAGACGGAGCACAAGGCUGCCUCUCGGCAGCCUCGGCCGGCCGAGCAUCUGGCAGCUGCUGUUGCAUCGCGGCAAUAGGAGUCGACAUGUCGAGUAUCCGUUAUUUCUUAGGUCGAGUACACGACGUCAUCGCGAGUGGACGAAUGAAUUCGCGACUUGAACGCCAAAGAAUACGCGGGAAGAGAAGGCGUGAGGUUUUCCACAACUUAUCAAGUAACGAGCCACAUGUUACCAAACUCGCUGGAUCAGAAUCGAUGCACAGUUCUACGUUCCGUCGUUUUACUACGUCGUGGAACGAUGGCUUCCGCGGAUAUGGCAUGAGAGCACAAAAGCACAAAGGCACAAAGGCACAAAGGCACAAAGGCACGAUUGGGUGACCAGAAGUAGUGCUUCGCAGUCCAAUGACGGUGAGGAAGGCACCCGUAGCAACCAGGGUUAUGGUUGUCGAGUAAGGAUAAAAUAAUCAUGUAAGGGCUAUAAUAGAGCUACAAACUAGCGAUUUUACGUCGCGUACGUAAAUCAUUGACGACAUAUUGCCGACGACUAAUUACAGAAGACAUCGCAGUCAUGGCACCUAAGGCAUUGAUAAAAAUGAGGGUUCUAGUGGAUCUGGUAUUGCUCAUCCUCUCCUCCAUAGAGUAAUGCAUCCUGCGUACGGUCACGGCCAGAGAAACGCUCGCGCGGAUCGUGCCAACGAACCGUAUCAAAUUUUUCCUCGGGCCUGCUGCUUCCCAUGCGCCUCGGCCCAGGGCCGGGCCGGAGCCUCCUCUACAUCGAGUCGCUCGCAACGCGUUCCAUAAGGCGCAGCACAGCAAGUCACGGUUCGAAACUUUGACGCACGCCGCUGGCAUUUCUGGAGGGGGGAGGGGGGCGGCAGCACUUGGUGCUUCACGACUCGUGACUCGUACUCGGAAGUCACUGACACUCGGUUGCCGGUAGCUUCCUUCCACAAGUUAACGCGUAUGUGAUCAUGUCAUACUAGUUCUUUACUAAUCGUAGGUUGUAGGUUUAUGGCUGUGGGCAUUGGUUUGAAAUGAGAUUUCCAAGAGCCAAUAGAUGACAAAGUGGCACGCUGCAUCUGUCGAGAAGUCAAAUAUACUGCACCGAAAAUAUCUCAAUGUAAUAAUUGUAAGAAAAAGAAAAAAACACUUGUCGAAAAACAUUAACCGAGCCCGACUGUAAAUAGGUGAUGGCGAUUUCAACGAACACUAUCUUCUUUUGUAGUUCCAUUAUUAUAAGUUUGUGAAGCAUCAUUGUCUCAUUGAAUAAUGCUGCUUUAGGUUUUCAAUACCUACAGCUGUGAUAAUGUAACGCGCUACCCAGCCGAUUGAGAUGAGCGAAUACGCAGUAACGAUAGGAUGGCGCCACUUGGUAGAAUUUAAGAACAUAAUCCCCGGCACGAGCAGUGCAGCCCAUAUGGUCUAUCCUUAGAUGGUGCAAACGCUCACGUACGUUACAGCAUUGUAUACAUUGUCACCGUGUCGGUAAUGUGGAGUUGAAACGCUGAGAGUGAGCGAGAGCGAGCGAGCAAGAUAGAUAGAUAGAUAGAUAGAUAGAUAGAAAUAGAGAACGAGGAAGAGGGG